AUGCACCCAUUGGUCCAUUGAUCGAAAAGGGCGGGGACUCUGGCCAGCGGUUGUGGAGGGUCGUGGGUCCACAGUGCUGCACUGAGCAGAGGGGAAGGGGCGUCCCAGGAUAUUUGGAGGAUAAAGGUGGUGAUGACCACACCUGCCGGCUCCGGCAUGGGCUUCGGCUCGGUGUCAUGGUGGGGCCUGUCCCCGGCGCUGGACCUGCAGGCUGAAAGUCCUCCUGUGGACCCAGACUCCCAGGCCGAUACGGUGCAUAGCGUCCCCGAGCUAGAUGUGCUGCUGCUGGGCUCUGUGGAUGGGCGCCACCUGCUGCGGACCCUGUCCCGAGCAAAGCUCUGGCCUCGCAGGAGGUUCAACUUCUUUGUCCUGGAGAAUAAUCUGGAAGCUGUGGCCCGACACAUGCUGAUCUUCAGCCUAGCCCUGGAGGAACCUGAGAAGAUGGGCCUGCAAGAGCGGAGCGAGACCUUCCUGGAGGUGUGGGGGAACGCGCUGCUGCGCCCACCGGUGGCCACCUUCGUGCGCGCCCAGGCAGACCUGCUGGCCCACCUGGUCCCCGAGCCCGACCGCCUGGGGGAGCAGCUGCCCUGGCUCAGCCUCCGCGCCCUCAAGUUCCGUGAGCGGGACGCCCUGGAGGCAGUGUUCCGCUUCUGGGCUGGCGGCGAGAAGGGGCCCGAGGCCUUCCCCAUGAGCCGCCUCUGGGACUCACGGCUGCGCCACUACCUGGGCUCGCGUUACGACGCCCGGCGCGGUGUCAGCGACUGGGACCUACGCAUGAAGCUGCACGAUCGUGGGGCCCAGGUCAUUCACACCCAGGAGUUCCGACGCUGGCGGGACACAGGCGUCGCCUUUGAACUCAGGGACUCCAGCGCCUAUCACGUGCCCAACCGGACUCUGGCGUCUGGUCGCCUCCUGAGCUACCGCGGGGAGCGCGUGGCAGCGCGCGGGUAUUGGGGGGACAUCGCCACGGGGCCCUUUGUGGCCUUCGGCAUCGAAGCGGACGACGAGAGCCUCCUUCGGACCAGCAACGGACAGCCGGUCAAGGCGGCCGGUGAGAUCACUCAACACAACGUGACAGAAAUGCUCCGCGAGGUGGCCGCCUGGGGUCGCUGUAGAGCCACCCUGGGGAACCCAGAGGAGAAGCAGCAUGCCGAGGGAAGCCUGGAGCCAGGGACUGCAGGUAAGCCAGGGACUGCAGGUAAGCCAGGGACUGCAGGUAGGCCAGGGACUGCAGGUAGCUGCUACAACGGCCGGUUCCAGCUUCUCUAUGUGGCCUGUGGGAUGGUCCAUCUUCUCAGCCCUGAGCUUGGGGCCUGUGUGGCACCGGGAGGGAACUUGAUUGUGGAAUUAGCCCGGUACCUGGUGGAUAUGCGGCAGGAGCAGCUGCAGGGCUUCAACACCCGGGUCGGGGAGCUGGCUCAGGCAGCUGGAUUCUCUCCACAGGCCGGGGCCAGGCCCUCAGAGACCUUCGCACGUUUUUGCAAGUCCCCGGAAUUGGCUCUGGGCAGCACUGACCCAGCUGUGGAACCCAGAACUCUGCCCCUUGAAGUCCUGGCCCAGCCUCUUGAAGCCCGUAGCCCUGCCCCCGAGGACCUGACCGAUCCUCUGCAGGGCGGGACCCCACACUCUGAGCCCUGCCAGCCGCCCUCUGCAUCUCCAGGUUCACUCUCCAAGGUUCUGGCUCUGCCCCAGGGGGCUUUGCCCCCCCCCAACAGUGAGUCAGACUCCAAAACUGGAGUCUGACCUGACCCCUAGACGCCCCUUAUCUCCAGCUUCCAAAGUCAGGUUGUAGAAUUAGAACCCGCUGAUACCAUUUUAAGCCUGCCACUGGAGCCCUCAACUUUAUUCUCAUGAUUCCCACUCAGUACCCGUCAUCCCCACGCCAGGGGUGUUGGUAGAAUUUCAAAUUCCAUUUCUGGGAUUCUGCGGUCUAUUCCUAGAAUUCUAGAUUGUUCUCUCGGAAUUCCAAAUUCCACUUCUGAGACUCUAAGCCCAGCCUAGGAUUUGACCCUCAGUCUCAGGCCCUUCACUUCUGCCCUCCUUGUCCCCAGGUACCCUGUGGCUGCCUGGGGGUCUAGGGUUUCUCCGCACCAGGGCCUGGUCAGCACCCAGAUGGUUCGAGUAAAGCAAGUGUGUCCACCCC